UCAUUUCUGUCAAAUGCCAAUCUUCUGUAUGGAACUCAGAGCUUUCCGAGAAAACACAAACUACGACGCUUUCCUCGUACUCUGGACCCCCGUUGCCAAAAAUGUCGUUCCUCGGAUUUGGGAGACCCCAACCCUCCUCGGAGGAAAAGAUCGCUGCCGUACAGGCCGAGAUGAAGCUCCUGACGGAAAUGCAUAACCGACUCACUCGGGCCUGUGCGAAGAAGUGUGUCCCCAAUGACUACCGAGAACCCGAGCUGAAUAAGGGCGAGAGUGUCUGCCUCGACCGAUGCGCCGCCAAGUUCUUCGACGUUCACCUGAAGGUGUCAGAGUUAUUGCAGCAGGAGAUGCAACAGAAGGGUGGUGGCGGCGGCGGCGGCGGCGGAUUCGGAUUCGGCGGUUAACCGGAAGGGGGUAGGCUUUGUGUGAUAUAUUAUAUAUGCCUGCCCGGUUUUGGCGUGUUAUAGCGCUACGAGAGAGGCCGUUGGUCGUCGAGAGGACCGACUGUACGAUAUAGGUACCCGAGCCGCCGAGAGCUGGAGAGGCUGGCUCGGGAUCUACCUAGGAGCCUCGCCUCGCGGGUUAAGGGCUGUGUUUAGCUCGUUCGAGCCUGUCGAAGGCGACACCUAGUACUGUGGAACAUCAUGGCCACGCCGACCAAGCUCGAGGAAUAAAAAUUCCCCUCAUGACCAGUCAAAAGCCCGCAGACACCGUGCUACGUGCCGCGGACAGGUUACCUACCGGACCAAUCGCCCCGACGUGAAGGGUGCGCGCAAUGGAUUUACCAUCAACAGCCUCUCUGCGUGGAAGCACGUGCUAUCGCGGAGCAGGAGAACCCAUCGACGUCGGGUGUCGCAUUCUACCAGGCAUAUCCGGGCCGAAGAUGGCUCUGGGGCUUGCCACUCUGUCUGUCGACUACCUAAUGUAGUUUUAUGUCACUUGACUGUACGCCCUCAAACCGUGGGUAGCUCGGCAUUGGACCUAAUAGCCGAGACUAUAUCUGCCCGAGGCUUACCAUUAGGCAUUGCCGCGCAACCCCGGUUCCUACCAUGGAAGCGGUUCAACGACUUCGCGGUUGUAAAGAGUCACCAGCGCGGUGGGCUUCACGUGUAAACGGCAGAAACCGG